UCGCGCCUCGGAGCGUCGCUCGCGCGGUUUCGCUCGUCGUCAUGGCGGACGUGGAUUUGGUGAAGAACAUUUUUGGUUCCGACAGCGAAGACGACGACGACGGAGACCGCGUCGCGACGGAAUCGCUCGAAAACCGCGACGAUCGCGGGCGCGAAUCCACGUUUAAAUCGUCUUUAGAGCUCCCGGACGACGCGGAAAACGACGAGGACGACCCGGCGACGCGAGCGAAGGGCGAACCGUUGCGAUUAGAGCUGCCGAGCGCCGAAGCGGGGCGCGAGACGAUCGAGGACGAGACGAAGAUUGCGAAAUUGAGCAACAUCUUCGGCGCCGAGCCCAAACCCUUCGACGCGGCGACGCAUCGAGACGACGGCGAACGCGAGGAAUUCGUCGACGUCGACGGCGUCACGCGCAUCAGGACCUCGAACGAGAACACGGUGCGAUGGAGGAUGAAUGAAAGCACGGGUGAGGCGGAGAGUAACGCGUAUUACGUGCGAUGGGACGAUGGAACGACGCAUUUGGUCGUCGGCGACGAGUACCUGCGAUGCGACGAACGGGCGGUGGCGGACGCGGAUUCGUUCUUGUACGUGCGGAAACAAGGGUUGAUGAAGGCGCAGCGACGGUUGACGACAAAGAUGACGUUUAAUCCCGCGACGUUGGACUCGCGGACGCACAAGAGGUUGACGGCGGCGAUCGAUAAGAAGCACGGAUCGAGGGCGACGCGGACGAUGGCGUACGUGUCGCGCGUCGAUCCGGAGCGAGAGAAGGAGGCGUUGGACGCGGAGCUAGAGCGCGCGGCGAGGGAGAGCGCGGCGUUGGAGAGGAAACAGGCGAAGAUGAUGCGGGAAGACCGCGAGCGGACGGGGAUGUGGUCGGCGGGGGGGAGAAACGAUCGCGGGUACACGGAGUCGUAUUACGAACGACGCGACGACGCCGGCGGCGACGUCGACGCGGAAGGGGGCGCGGCGCGGAUGGACGCCGAUUUCUUAGAGGCCGAGGAGAACGAUGGUGCGGCCGGUAGCGAUGGUGCGGGCGCGAUGGAACAGGACGUCGCCGCGGGCUCGUUGGACGAAGACGAAGACGAAGCCGUCGGCGCGCCCAAGGAGCGAAAGAAACGCGCGUUGGUCGUGGACGACGAGGAGGACGAAUGAGAACGAAUGAUUUGUGAUAAAACCUA